CUAGCCAAAGAAAAAGGGCUUUGAAUCCUUUUUGUGUAUAAAUUAAUCAUCAUAUAUGAUGAUGAGCGUGGUAGCUAGUGAUCAUUAUAAAAGAGAAAAAGAUCAUCGACUAUAUACUUCAACAAAGAUCAAGAGAUCAUCGUCAAUUAUUAAGGGAAAAAGAUCAAAUGGCGCCAGUCGGACUGCCUCCUGGUUUUAGGUUUCACCCGACUGACGAAGAGCUUGUAAAUUAUUAUCUCAAGAGGAAAAUCAAUUGCCAGGAAAUUGAACUCGACAUUAUUCCUGAAGUUGAUCUCUACAAAUGUGAACCAUGGGAAUUAGCAGAAAAGUCAUUUUUGCCGAGUAGAGACCCAGAAUGGUAUUUUUUUGGACCCAGAGAUAGAAAAUACCCAAAUGGAUUCAGAACAAACAGGGCAACUCGAGCUGGAUAUUGGAAAUCCACUGGAAAAGACAGGAGGGUAACAUGCCAGAACCGACGACCCAUUGGAAUGAAGAAGACAUUGGUUUACUACAGAGGGAGAGCUCCUCAGGGGAUUAGAACUGAUUGGGUCAUGCAUGAAUAUCGCCUCUACGACAAGGAGUUGGAAGACACCUCGGGAAUUCAGGAUACGUAUGCACUCUGUCGCGUGUUCAAGAAAAAUGGAAUCUGCUCUGAAAUUGAAGAGCAAGCUGCCAGUAAUUUAUCAUUACUUGAGAGCUCACAAGCUGGUCAUCAUGUAAUGAAUGACUAUCAAGCAGAAACCAUGUCCCCAGAUGUUACCAUGGCAUCUUCAUCAUGCAGCAUGGAUGAUCAUCAUCAUCAUCAGGAAGAAAAAGAUGAUAAUUCGUGGAUGCAGUUCAUCACGGACGAUGCAUGGUACUGUUCUUCUAACGUAGCUACGGGUACCGGUACUGGUGGUGAAGAAGUUCGUCCCAUGGCUUUCACAAACUAAUUAUAAAGAGUUAAAUAAGUCAUAGGCGAAGAUCAAAACAGUUCAAAAUAUAUAUAUAUAUAUAUAUAUAUAUAUAUUUAUUUAUAAAAUAAAAACACUUUUUGAGAACAGUUUCUGAUGGUCAUAAGAUAAUUUCUCAAUUCUCACUUGUUGAUUAAUUUUUAUCCAAUUGGAUAUGGUGGCUUGGUUUGAUUUUGCUGAUCUAGUAGAGUUCUCAAAUCAUCAGACAGAGUACUCUACAAUAUUGGGAUUUUUAUUUUUUAUCUUUAAAUAUUUACCUUUUCUAGGUGGUGCUUAAUUUGGAUGUUAAUUAACUACAACAUAACACAGGUGGUUUGUGGAAUAAAAAAGAUUUUUCUUUUC